AACACAGAGGGGGAAAAAAGUGAGGGAGCGACUUUAGAGAGUGGUGCGCCCCCGUUCAAACAUACGGCCAUUGUUGUAUGGGCUAGCCAUAUAUAUAUAUAUAUAUAUAUAUAUAUAUAUGUGUGCUGUAUCUGCACUGCAGUUUUGUUGGUGUGAAAGUUUAACCUCGCGUCAGUUUUGUAGAAAACCUGAUAUUUACAUACUUUUUUUUGUUUGUUGCCAUGUCCGAGGAGAUUGAAGGAAGAAGGCCCUCCAGCGAUGAGGCAACCCACAAGGAAGAGCAGGAGAUUGAUGAUAAUGUCAUCACUCCAGAGAAGGCAGAGGAGGUGAAACUGAAGGCCAGGUACCCUCAUCUUGGAGCCAAACCUGGGGGCUCUGACCUGCUCCGGAAACGCCUUCAGAAAGGGCAAAAGUUCUUUGACUCUGGGGACUACAACAUGGCCAAGGCUAAGGUGAAGAACAAGCAGCAGCUCCCUGCAGUGACGCCGGCUGAGAAGGCAGAGAUAACCGGGGACCACAUCCCCACACCCCAGGACAUCCCACAGAGGAAGCCCUCUAUCGUGGCUAGCAAACUGGCUGGCUGAGUGGGUUGAUGGAACUAGGAACCAUGGAACUAGGAACCAUGGAACUAGGAACCAUGGAACUAGGAACCAUGGAACUAGGAACCAUGGAACUAGGAACCUUGGAACUGUUUUGUUCUGUUACCAUUCCAUCGCUCGCUCUUGUUCUCUCUCUGAGCCGGUCUCAAUUAGUUCCCUAUGUCUACCGCUUGGCACUAACCCUUCAAUGCAUGCAUAUUUUGCUGGCCCUUCCUCCAUAUUCCUCACAUUUGUUCAAACAUUGAAGAGGUAGGGGGGGGCCCCAAGGGGAAGG